AGACCCCUACUGCAGGCGGGCGGGAGGAGGCUGAUUUAAAAGGCAGAUGGGCCUCUGGCCAAAGCACUCAGCUCUGCGCCCUGCCACUGUGCCCUAGGGGCUAUAAGAGCACCCAGACUUCCGGACCAGCUCCGGGGCGGGUGCCAUGUGAGCCCAGUCAGGCUCCUCUCCUGCCCGCCCUCCUUCCGCCCCUCCCCCUGCCCGCGGUGCUGUGCCUGCCCAGCCUCUCCAAAGAGGGACACUUGGCACCAUGUCUCUGCUCAACCCUGUCCUGCUGCCCCCAAAGGUGAAGGCUUAUCUGAGCCAAGGGGAGCGCUUCAUCAAAUGGGACGAUCCCCUUUACAAUGUAUUCUGUGGAAGAAGCUCUCCUACAACCCAUGGAAGGAAACAGCCAUCUCAAGACAUUCCGUUUGCUCUUGGCGAACAGACAAGUCUAGGGACAUCUUUCCUCAAAAAGCCCAGUCUUACUUCAGAAACUAGUUAUAACUCAAAACUCCAACCUUAAUUUAGAAUGACAUCUGCCCCACCUCCAUCUAAGAAUGGUUUCAGGUGGAAACCUCUGGAAAGGCCUGUGGGAGGACUCUCUGCUCCUCUUCUACUGCUUGGGAUGGGGUGCAGGGAGGGAGGAAGGAAUGGGGUACCAAAGUUUUUAAUUGAGCAGGUGCUAUCAUAAACUGGGCCUGGCAAAAGGGCAAGGCUUACGCUUUCUCUCAGGAAUAUUUUUGAGGACUCUUAGGAGACCCUCCCCCUGAGCGUGGGAUCUCUUGCUUAGGGUCCUCCUGCCACCUUGAUCUCAGGAGGUCACGCGCAAUUACUUCUUCAGCCCCUCAGAAUCCAGUUACUGCCUUCCGCUCCCUGCAGCUUUGGACUGUUUGUCUGUCUCUCCCACAGGCCCCCUCUGGACCCAGCAAAUACUCAUGGGUUCAUUGCCCCAGAGACUCUGAGGCUUCCAGCUCACCUAACACGCCAGCGUCUCUCUGUCUCUGACAGUCAGCCCACCUGUCACCCACCUGAUCUCCUGGGCGGGAGUCAGACCCCAGUCUGUUAUGCCCCACAACUGCAGGGGUGACAAAAGCUCUCCAAGUGCAGGCUUAACAUGAGGGGUCAGGCACCCCAACCCUCCUUGGUGGAGGGAAGAGAAUGGAGCUUAUAAUACAGCUUUCUCCAAAAUUAGCUUCCUCACACAGUGUUCUCUUUCCCCUAUACUCUAGCCACCCCUGAUCUGAGAACCUUUUUCUGGACCAUUUCCUUUGUGAAUUCUGCAUUUGGUCUGGUAUGGUGUGCAUUAAUUACCAUGCCUUGUUGGAAACUUCAAUUUUAAUGUCUUGUUAUUCAUGCACACAAAGACCAUUAAAAAAAAAAGGGAGUCUGUGUGCUCUGUGAGUGGAGCAGGAAUUCAGAAUUGAGUUCAUUCUUCAUUCACUCACUCCUUUAGCAAACCUGGGGCGUGGAGCUCAUGGUCUAGGACAGGAUUUUUUCCCCAGGGGAAGCGGGAGACCCUGGGGAAUUUCCCGGAUGGGCUCCUAGGUCUGAGAACUCACCCCUACUCCACUGUAGCAGCAUCUUUCUGGAAAGGCUUUUCAGAAGCUGUCCUUUGAUGGUAUUUCAGCCAGGAGUGAUUGGAUGCUUAGGCCUGGAGGCACUGGUUGUCUAUGGGACAGUUGGAUGGGUGGGGUGGGGGGAUUCAUGGAGGGGAGGACUGGGCGAGUGGGAAGUGAGGCUCUGGUGUGGGAGUUGGACUCUUGGCGCUCACCAUGUUGAGCUCUCCCGGGGGUAGCACGGAGUCUUGGGGAGGGAACUUCUACCACUUUGGCUGAGCUGUGGGCCUUGAAAACAGGCAGGGUGAGGGCCAAGACCCUUCUUGGGGCCUAGAGGAAGAAACUAUUUGAGAUUUAGAGGGGAACCCUCCUCUCUUCCAGAAGGGUCAUCUCCAAUCCACUACCCCUCCCCACCCCUGCUUCAGAGUUUUUAAGGCUCAUGCUCAGCCCUUAGCUCUGGAGAACAAAGGGAAAUGCCUGCAGAUUCCUGGGACAGCCACCUCCUGGACAGAUGGAAACGACAAUAGCCUCCCCAGUUAUUCUCCGUGUGGACCCCAAGGGCUACUACUUAUACUGGACAUAUCAGAGUAAGGAGAUGGAGUUUCUGGAUAUCACCAGCAUCCGGGACACCCGCUUUGGGAAGUUUGCCAAGCUGCCCAAGAGCCAGAAGCUCCGGGAUGUCUUCAACAUGGACUUUCCUGACAAUAACUUCCUGCUGAAGACACUCACUGUGGUGUCCGGCCCUGACAUGGUGGACCUAACCUUCCAUAACUUCGUCUCCUACAAGGAGAACGUGGGCAAGAACUGGGCCGAAGAUGUACUGGCCCUGGUCAAGCACCCGCUGACGGCCAACGCCUCCCGCCUCACCUUUCUGGACAAGAUCCUGGUGAAGCUCAAGAUGCAGCUCAACCCCGAGGGGAAGAUUCCCGUGAAGAAUUUUUUCCAGAUAUUUCCUGCUGACCGCAAGCGGGUAGAAGCUGCUCUGAGCACCUGCCACCUCCCAAAAGGCAAGAAUGAUGCCAUCAAUCCUGAGGACUUCCCAGAAUCUGUCUACAAGAGUUUUCUCAUGAGCCUCUGUCCUCGGCCAGAAAUAGAUGAGAUCUUCACUUCCUACCACGCCAAGGCCAAACCCUACAUGACCAAGGAGCACCUGACCAAAUUCAUCAACCAGAAACAGCGCGACUCCCGGCUCAACUCCUUGCUGUUCCCGCCGGCGCGGCCUGACCAGGUGCAGGGUCUCAUCGACAAGUACGAGCCCAGCGGCAUUAACAUACAGAGGGGCCAGCUGUCACCCGAGGGCAUGGUGUGGUUUCUCUGCGGGCCAGAGAACAGCGUGCUGGCCCAGGACAAGCUGCUGCUGCACCAUGACAUGACGCAGCCGCUCAACCAUUACUUCAUCAACUCCUCACACAACACCUACCUGACAGGUGGCCAGUUCUCAGGCCUCUCCUCUGCUGAGAUGUACCGCCAGGUGCUGCUGGCCGGCUGCCGCUGUGUGGAGCUGGACUGCUGGAAGGGGAAGCCUACCGACGAGGAGCCCAUCAUCACCCAUGGCUUCACCAUGACCACAGACAUCUAUUUCAAGGAAGCAAUUGAAGCUAUUGCAGAAAGUGCCUUUAAGACCUCCCCUUAUCCAGUCAUCCUGUCAUUUGAAAACCACGUGGAUUCGUGCGUAUCCAGGCCAUCCAGCCUCAUUCUCUACCCUGUCCCCAUCUCCUGCCUACAGCUGCCCUCCCUGCAACUGUCUCCAGCCUCAAACCAUGACUUCCAGCUCUCUCCGAGACCCCGCCAACAGGCUAAGAUGGCUGAGUAUUGCCGGACGAUAUUUGGGGAUAUGCUGCUCACAGAGCCCCUGGAAAAGUUCCCACUGAAUCCAGGCGUCCCCCUGCCCAGUCCUGAGGAUCUCCGAGGCAAGAUCCUCAUCAAGAACAAGAAGAACCAGUUUUCUGGCCCAGCAGCUCCCAGCAAAGAGCCAGAUGGGGAUGCUGAAGGGAGCGGCCCACCCAGUGCCCCUGUGGGAGAGGACACAGUGCUGAGGGAGGCAGUGUGGACUGGUGAGGAAGGGGCUGAGUUGGAGGACGAGGAGGUGGAAGAGGAAGAGGAGGAGGAGUCGGGAAACCUGGAUGAAGAGGAGAUGAAGAAGAUGCAGUCAGAUGAGGGCACAGCGGGCCUGGAGGUGACAGCUUACAAGGAGAUGUCCAGCUUAGUCAAUUACAUCCAGCCUACCAAGUUCAUCUCUUUCGAGUUCUCUGCCCAGAAGAACCGAAGUUAUGUCAUCUCCUCCUUCACAGAGCUCAAGGCUUAUGACCUGCUCUCCAAGGCCUCCGUGCAGUUUGUGGACUACAACAAGCGGCAGAUGAGCCGCAUCUACCCCAAGGGCACCCGCAUGGACUCCUCCAACUAUAUGCCCCAGAUGUUCUGGAAUGCCGGUUGUCAGAUGGUUGCUCUCAACUUCCAGACAAUGGACCUGCCCAUGCAGCAGAACAUGGCACUCUUCGAAUUCAAUGGGCAGAGUGGUUACCUCCUCAAGCAUGAGUUCAUGCGUCGGCCGGACAAGCAGUUCAACCCCUUCUCAGUGGACCGCAUUGACGUGGUGGUAGCCACCACCCUUUCCAUUACGGUGAUCUCUGGGCAGUUCCUGUCAGAGCGCAGUGUGCGCACCUAUGUGGAAGUGGAGCUGUUUGGCCUUCCUGGAGACACCAAGAGGCGCUAUCGGACCAAGCCGUCACCCACUACCAACUCCAUCAAUCCUGUCUGGAAGGAGGAGCCCUUUGUCUUUGAGAAGAUCUUAAUGCCUGAGCUGGCUUCCCUCAGGGUGGCUGUGAUGGAGGAAGGCAACAAGUUUCUUGGACAUCGCAUCAUCCCCAUCAAUGCCCUGAAUUCUGGAUACCACCAUCUGUGCCUGCACAGUGAGAGCAACAUGCCCCUCACCAUGCCUGCGCUCUUUGUCUUCCUAGAGAUGAAGGACUAUGUACCUGACACCUGGGCAGAUCUCACCGUGGCCCUCGCCAAUCCCAUCAAGUUCUUCAAUGCCCAUGAUAAGAAGUCUGUGAAGCUCAAGGAAGCCAUGAGAGGCCUGCCUGAGAAUCCCUUUCCUCUCGGAAGCCCAGUUGCCCGCCAUGUCAAUGAGGCAUCAGCCCCAACAAGCAACGGGUCAGCAGCAGCCGGGUCCAAGGCCAAGGAGGGGACCACGAAAGAAGCUGCGGAGCCGCAGACCGCCAGCCUGGAGGAGCUGCGGAAGCUGAAGGGCGUCGUGAAGCUGCAGCGGCGGCACGAGAAGGAGCUGCGGGAGUUGGAGCGGCGCGGCACGCGGCGCUGGGAGGAGCUGCUGCAGAGGGGCGCGGCGCAGCUGGCUGAGCUCGGGCCGCCGGGCGCGGGGGGCGGCGGCGGCGGCGGCGGCGGGGCCCGGGGCAGCAAGCUCGGCCCGGGCAAGGGCUCCCGCAAGAAGAGGACCCUGCCGGGCGAGGACACGGCUCGGGCGCUGCCGGCCGAGGGCCCCGAGGGCACGGACACGCGCGUGCGAGAGCUGAAGGACAGGCUGGAGCUGGAGCUGCUGCAGCAGGGCGAGGAGCAGUGCGAGUGCAUCUUGAAGCGCAAGGAGCAGCACGUGGUGGAGCAAAUGACCAAGAUGAUGGAGCUGGCCAGAGAGAAACAGGCUGCUGAGCUGAAGACGCUCAAGGAGACCUUGGAGAUUGACACCAAAGAGGUAAAGAAAAGGCUGGAGGCCAAGAGGCUGGAGCGGAUACAGGCCAUGAUCAAGGUCACCACAGACAAGAUGGCUCAGGAGAGGUUGAAGAGAGAGAUUAACAACUCCCAUAUCCAGGAGGUGGUGCAGGUCAUCAAGCAGAUGAAUGAGAACCUGGAGAGGCACCAGGAGAAGCUGGAGGAGAAGCAGGCAGCCUGCCUGGAGCAGAUCCGGGAGAUGGAAAAGCAGUUCCAACAGGAGGCGCUAGCAGAGUACGAGGCCAGGAUGAAGGGCCUGGAGGUGGACGUGAAGGAGUUGGUGAAGGCCAGCCUCAGGGCCUGCUUCCCCUCUGCAGAGGAGGGCAAGCCUGAGAGGCCCUGUGGGGUCUCCAGGGAGCUGUGUGAGCAGGACGCACUCACCAAGAAGGCAGACGCCCAGGAGAGCCGCCUCUGAUGCCCUCAUCCGAUUGGGACAUUCUGCAAGGACAUUCGCCCUUCUCUGGGAUGUGGCUCCAUCCCCCCUGGAGGAAAGGGCCCCAGCACUGUGAGGCUGCAGGAAGCUGGGGCUCCCUUGGACACUAGAACCCCGUCCUCAACAGGCAGGCUAAGGAGGAGGCAAGAACCAGGUACCAUCAGGGCAGGGGCCCAUCUGGGGCCUAGAGGUCCUCUCCAAGCUGACUUCCUGCUCCUCCUUCUCUUCCUCCUCUAAGUGUCACCUAUUUGUUGAGGGCAAAAGAAUAUGGACUGGAAGGUAGGAAAUGGGGUCCUGGCCCCACUCUGCCUUUCCUAGCAUGCCACUCUAGACUUAGUUUCCUCACCUGGAGGAAUAGGCCUGGCUGCCUGGAAUCUCCACUCUAGCACCUGUAGUUGAAGCUGGUCCAAACUCCAAACCCUCCUGCCAUAAGGCGGGCGGCUCACCCCAGCUUCUCGGCCCCAUCUCAGGCUUGCACUGAGUUGGCCUUGUUGUCAGCUCCUUGGUACAGAGCCUGACUCUACUUCCAGCUCCCUGGAAACAGCUACUCCCAGAAACCCCAGCUGAGUUGUCUUGCCUGCCUCCUGCCUGUCGGGGAUGGGAGGCUGAUGUGGAAAAUCUCCCUCAGCUGUGUGGCCCUCAGGCCUCUGAGACAACUGGUGCUGGGAGUGAAGGGAGAAGGAAGGUCUUUUAUAUGCUCUCGUGCCAAGAGCUCAGGCCGCCUCUUUCCCUCGGUCGGAGGAGUGGGGUGGUAUUUCCCAGCCUGGGCCCCAACUCAGGUUGCCUCACAAGGUCAGCACCAUUUUCUCUCUUGACUUUAAUGAGGUUUUAUUUAUUUUUCUCCUUCUGACUAAACAACCCUGUUCCAAGAUA